AUGCUAGCCAAACUUAUAGAGGAUCCUGCCAUAAAGAUUCGAUGGGACACACCUAUCAGGCAAUUGCUCCCUGGGGACUUUACUUUACUAGAUAAAUGCGCCGGGGACCAGAUUACCGUUGAAGAUGCGCUGUCGCAUCGGACCGGGCUCCCGUCUCACGACCACGCUAGCUCUCGUACCAGCGUUCGGGAGAACGUCCGUCAACUUGCCCAUCUUCCGCUAACAGCUAAGCUCCACUGUCUGGCCCGCUUAUUCUGGCAGCCACUUGGGAUGACCGACACUUACUUCGCCUUAGAUGAUGCGCAAGCUGCCCCUAAAACCCUAGCCCGGGGCUACUACUACUCUGAUAUCUACCAUAAAGCAGAUUGGAUGCCAGUAGAGGAGGUAUCUGGUGCUGGGGCGAUCAUCACCAACGUUCUCGACUACGCUAAGUGGGUACAUGCUUUACUUCGACCACAAGCCUUAGUCGAGAAACGUAUCUUCCAGGACCUAGAAACCAAACACCAACUAUGGCAGCCGCGGACCCUGAUGUCUAUAGAGGCUUCCUUCAUAGGUCCUCGCGCAUAUGCUCUAGGCUGGAGGACUGGCUGCUAUAUGGGUAUUCAGAUAUUUGAGCAUAGCGGCGGUAUGAAUGCAUUCGGUGCGCAGCUCCUUUUAGCCCCUGAACUCGAGUUUGGCGUCAUUAUUCUGGCGAACAUAGCGCAGACCUCUAAUUAUGCUGCACAGUUCCUCGCCUUUCAUCUUCUCGAUGAACGGCUCGGGAUUCCUAGGCAGCAGAGAUUCGAUUGGGAUCGAAGGAACUGGUCCUUGAUCGAGCAAGAAAAACAACGGGUGGCAGAUAAAAUUAACUAUCGUCCGCCGAUUGUUCUCCCGUAUAUAUUAGCAUUAGACGAAUAUGCUGGUGUAUAUACUCACGCGGGUUAUAAGGAUAUUACUGUGUACUUAGACAGCGAAGGUGUUCUACGCGCUGACCGGAUGGAUGACUUGGCCUGA